AGUCAGCUGACGACCGCCGCAGUGCUCGCACGUCGUACUAUCCCAACAAAUCGUCGGGUUCGCGCAGUGAUCUCUCUGUGUAAAAUACGUCUUCUAGUUUGAAAAAGAAACGAUGGCCACAUACGCCCAAUUUAAGCAUGUAGAGCUCUACAAGAUUGGUCAUGGAAAAAAUAGAGUUCCUAACGCCCCGAAGAGCUGCAUCGCCGAGAUCUUCAGCUCGGACUCGCCUGACAACAGCCCAGUGAAAAACGGAUCGACACGUCCCCGUGUCAUUCGUGACACCCCCACCCGCCCCCGUGACACGCACUCCAGGCUAUUCGGACAGGCUACCACCACUUCCGUCUCCCCCAUGGUAACGGACACCAUUCGCAGCCAUAUCCAGUUCGGAGACUCUGAGAUGAACGGCAGCCCUUCCCACUCGCCUUCCAAGAUGGUGAACGGCAGCGCUACUUCGACGCCCAGCCGAGAAGGCAACCCCAUCACCGGUGACGGAUACAAGUCGCUGAACGGCCAGAUCAACAUGGUAACGUCAGUAAACGGUAGCAGCAGCAUCCUCCACAACCGCGUACCGCCCGGUGGAUACUCCUCGGGCCUCUGGUAGAUCAUCACCACGCCUCCCCCCACCCCCUUCUACCACCUCAACGAAUUAACUGCGGCCAACCUUAACUUUCGACCAAGCGCCGUCAAAACGGCACCUAAACCACCAACACUUUAAUGUAACUUAUAUUACAUAUCGAGUUAUUCCCGGUGCGGCAAAGCGUAUUUGAAAUUAUUAUAUUGCGUACUUUUUUUCCAUUCAACCCACUAAAUUUCAGUCGGCGAACGCACGAACCACGUCCAUUCAAACUGAAAGGGUAUAUUAUGUUGUUUAUCCUUAGCCUGUCCCAGUAACAUUUCAUUCGAAUAAUUUAGCAUAGAUUAUAGAUAUUUUUGUAAUAGUAAUAUUUCGAUAGUUGUAACGAAAUGAAUAGAUUUGUAGUGCGGCUCUUCAUAAUCGCUGGCAAUGCGAACACCGAUACAAGUGUUCGGAACACACGUUUGCAUUACCCGCGAACACGAAGCGCCCGCCUGGCUAACUUGUAAGAACUAUUGUAAUCUUGCACACUUUGAAGAUGUUUACGCAAUUAUACUGCGAGCUAGGAGUGAGGAUACGUAUCAGCAAUAUACCAAAAUUAACAGUGCCUUGAGAGGUGUAUAUGAUGGAAAAUUCUAUAAGAAUUAACUGUGUGAUUGUGUAGGCAUUUGUGUAAACGUACAAAAGUGAUUAUAUGUCUAUAUAACACCGUAUAGAAAUAGUAAUCAUGCGGCACUUCCAGCUAAUUGAUAACAUUCAAUUAACUUAUAAUAUUCGACACUAUUUAUAACUUUUUUUAAUAUCGUUUGUUGAAUUCUAUAUCGUAAUAUUUAAAUAGAGGGUUUAUUAGAUUGCAUUUAUUUUGUCUGUUUAUACUUUUUUUAUUUUAUUUUCUACUCGUGUAGAAUUAAUUGUGAAAACUGAUUUGAAUUCCUGGUCGAUUAUCUGUUAACGGAUCAAACUAUGUGUUAGUUUAUUUAAAAAUCUAAUGUCAAUGAUUGUCUAAAUGUAGCGUAGGCCACAAGUCGUGUUGUAAAGUACUAACAUUGUAUUGCAAAUUCACUGGCCUAAUUUUAAUAACUGUUAAUAGAUAAUAACCAUUUUUUCAAAAUAAAGUUUUUUUUAUUAACAU